UAAAAGGCACCGAGCUGGUUGAAAAAUCUCUCAGCUUAGGAAUUGGAUCCCCGGAGUCCGGAUUAAUUACAACUUUCCAGCAUUCCUGCUAUGAUUUCUACACAGCACCAGUUCUUCCCUAAAGCAGACCAAGGAAUAAUGGAGGACGAGGAACACUUGGAGGAAGGAGACAAUGGCUGCUCCCUUGCAUCUGACCCAGGACUGCCCCGUGUGUUCAAAAUAUUACAGAAAUGGGUUCCCAAGGCCUCUCCCUAUUUCGACAAAGAACAUUACUGCUACGCUGGCCACCAGAUCACCAUUCAAGAGUCCAUCGAAAACUUCGGAGCCGUAGUAUGGCCUGGCGCUCUUGCUCUGUGUCAGUACUUGGAAUCAAAUCAACAGGAAAUCAGUCUCCGAGACAAGAAGUUACUUGAACUGGGAGCUGGGACAGGCCUGGUGUCCAUUGUGGCAAGUAUACUAGGUGCUUUUGUGACAGCUACUGACUUGCCUGAGGUCCUUGAAAAUAUGGAGUUCAAUAUUUCAAGAAACACACGCAACCUGAACGUUCACAAGCCUGAAGUAAGAAAGCUGGUUUGGGGAGAGAAUCUCCACGCAGACUUCCCCAAAUCAACCCAUCGCUAUGAUUUUAUUGUGGCUACUGAUCUUGUGUACCACCACACAGCUCUUGAAGCUCUGUUAGUCACCAUAGGCUACUUUUGCCAGCCUGGGACAAUCUUGUUAUGGGCAAACAAAUUCAGAUUCAGCACAGAUUACGAUUUUUUGGACAGAGUUGGUAACAUUCUCAAUAUCACGCAGCUAGCAGAAUUUCCAGAGUCAAAUGUCAAGUUGUUCAAAGGCACAGUAAGGGAAAAUUAAGAUCCGGAAGAGUGCCAGAAUCUAGAACAGAUGCAGCCUAAAAGUUUACAAAGCUGUAGUUUUAAAAAUAUGUUAAUUAGCCACUUCUUUACAACAGCCUGGCGCAUUCAAGUUAGCUUUGGGAUUCUAUUUCCCAAUAAUGGAUAAUCCGAAAAAAGCAGGACCGUAUGCAACAGGGGUCAAAUAAGUGGAUUUUAGUAAAUGCUCUCCUGCUCCUUAUGCAGCUGUUGCCCCAGAUGAUUAACAGAACAUGUUUGACCACCACCAAACUGCAUCCUUUUGGAGCUACCCAUGAUGUUAUGCCCUGGGUUUUUCCAUAAAACUGAUUUAAUUGGACUUGAAAGCUUAACCCCACAUCCUGUUGCUAGAAACAGAAAGGAGGACCAUUUUACUCCAUAAACUGUAGUGUAAUGAAGCCACAGAAUUUCAGAUUAAAAUUUACGGUUGUGCUUCUACAAGGAUACACCAAUUCCAGGUAAUGGGGCUACUAUGCUAUAGCUUUAUAGAGUCCUUUUAAAAGUCCUCUGGUUCUAUAAGCAGUGCCAAAUCGUUGUCUCGAUAAGAGGCAUAUAUAAUAUACGCAGUGACCAAUAUUUGCUACAAUGCUGAAAUGUAACUUUUUACUUGGCCUCCAUGAAGUCAUAUAAACUAGAUUAGGUGUCCUCCCUCCAUCAGCUCUGAAAAUAG